CAACAAGCUAAAAGAAGGGCUGAAUCUGUCUUACCAAACAUCCCUAGUAGUAUAUGAUAAGUUUGGGUUGGUUCUGUUUUGUUCAGUGAAUUUUAAAUUAGCUCACAUUUUUUUCUCUGGAAAUGGUGCACACUCCUUUCUACCUCCUCAUUAUCCUCAUCUUUCUGCAACUCCUUCCAUUUCCAGCCUUUGCUCAAAACAAUGACAAUGAAAUAGCAGUUAACAGCAACCUCACCGCAACGAAUGGGACCGAACCAUGGCUGUUAUCACCAUCCGGUGAUUUCGCUUUCGGGUUCUCACAAGUUAAAGGCAGAAACCAGUUCCUACUGUGCAUAUGGUAUGCCAAAAUAAAGGAUCUUACCAUAGUUUGGCAUGCCAAUACCACUACUUCUGGAGUACCCCAAGGAUCAACCGUGCAGCUCGAUACCGAAAACGGACUUGUUCUUCGUGAUCCUCAAGGAAACAGAUUAUGGAGAAGUGAUGGUUAUGUUGGUAAAGUUGCUUAUGGAUCUUUAUAUAACACAGGGAAGCUUGCACUCUCUGGAAGUGAUCAUACAGUUCUGUGGGAUACUUUUGCCCACCCAACUGAUACUUUGUUGCCUACCCAGGAGAUGAAGAAUGGAAGCAGUCUCAUGUCCUUAAAGUCUGAAGUCAAUUUCUCACAAGGUAGGUUCUAUCUUCAACUCCUUGAAAAUGGGAAUUUGGUGCUGGCAACCAAAACAGUUCCCACCAAUGUAGACUAUGAUGCUGUAUACUAUACCAGACAGACAAAUUCUGGAUACAAGCUGAUAUUCACAGACAAGGGCUCACUCUCUCUACUAAAAACAGACAACACAACAGAAACUCUUAUUUCACUUUCUGACUCCAUAGUCAAGGAAAACUACCUGAGACUAACUCUGAACUUUGAUGGGGUCCUGGCUCUUUACGGGUACCCUAAGGCUUCUUCUGGUGGCAACCAAAAAUGGGUUCCUCAAUGGACUCAGCCAGACAACAUCUGCAUCAGCAUAACCGGAGAAAAGGGCAGUGGGGCUUGUGGGUAUAACAAUGUCUGCUCACCUGGCCCUGACAAGAGACCCUCUUGUAAGUGCCCACAAAGUUAUUCAUUGGUUGAUCCAGGAGAUGUGUAUGGCAGCUGCAAACCCGACUUUGUCCCGACUUGUGGUGGGGGUGGGGGUGGGGGUGGGGGUUCUUCCUCCAACCUUAGUUUUGUUGAGGUAAAGGACACGGAUUGGCCCUUAUCUGACUUUGAGCAGAUUAACCCUUCUGGCAUGGAGGAAUGCAAAAGGGCCUGUUUGGAAGACUGUUUCUGUGCUGUUGCCAUUUUCAGAAGCAACAGCUGCUGGAAGAAGAAGCUGCCAUUGUCAAAUGGGCGCAUAGACACAAGUCUAGGUGCAACGGCUUUCCUUAAAGUACAGAGUGAAUAAAGGCCUCUAAGAUGAUGCUCAUCCAGUUCUAUAUUUAAUUGGUGAGACUUGAGAGUAUAGGAUGGAGAAAUGCAUUGCAUGAAGCAAUCAUUAGGGGCAUAUAAUAUAAGGUAAUAAUUCUAACAUUUCUAAGAGCUUGUAUGAAUAAAGUAACAAACUAUUAUCAUAUGGAGUAUAUUUAGAAAUAAUAUCAUGGAGACAUGUGAAACACAAUUGAAUUUAAUAGGUAUGGCUCUCUCCUUUCGAUUGUAUUGUAUUUUAAAAAAGUACGUAUAUUUGAGUGUUUUUUAUGGGCG